CCCUCCUCCCCUUGAAGAUGGAGAAGAUGGUGGUGGGGUGCUUGCUGAUGCUUGGGCAGCUCCUCCUUGUCCUCCCAGUUGGAGCCAGAGAGCGUCCCCAAGCCAAGUUCACCUCCAGAGGCCGUCAUGUCCAGAUGCAUCCGCAGACUGCACUGCUGGAGAGUUCCUGUGAGAAUAAGCGAGCAGAUCUGGUGUUCAUCAUUGACAGCUCCCGAAGUGUCAACACCCAUGACUAUGCGAAGGUCAAGGAGUUCAUUCUGGAUAUUCUGCAGUUCUUGGAUAUUGGUCCUGAUGUUACCCGAGUAGGUCUGCUCCAAUAUGGCAGCACGGUCAAGAAUGAAUUCUCCCUGAAGACCUUUAAAAGGAAGUCUGAGGUGGAGAGGGCUGUCAAGAGAAUGAGGCAUCUAUCCACUGGCACCAUGACAGGGCUGGCCAUCCAAUAUGCCCUCAACAUUGCCUUCUCAGAAGCAGAGGGGGCCCGGCCCUUGCGAGAGAAUGUGCCACGGGUCAUAAUGAUUGUGACUGAUGGGAGGCCUCAGGACUCAGUGGCUGAGGUGGCCUCCAAGGCCCGGAACACAGGCAUCCUGAUCUUUGCCAUCGGUGUGGGUCAGGUGGACCUGAAUACCCUAAAGGCCAUUGGGAGUGAGCCCCACAAGGACCAUGUCUUCCUGGUGGCCAAUUUCAGCCAGAUUGAGUCCUUGACCUCAGUGUUCCAGAACAAAUUGUGCACUGUCCACAUGUGCAGCGUCUCAGAACACAACUGUGCCCACUUCUGCAUCAACACGCCUGGCUCGUACAUCUGCAAGUGCAAGCAAGGGUACAUUCUCAACACGGAUCAGAAGACUUGCAGAAUCCAGGAUCUGUGUGCCACAGAGGACCAUGGCUGUGAGCAGCUGUGCGUGAACAUGCUGGGUUCCUUCGUCUGCCAGUGCUACAGUGGCUAUACCCUGGCCGAGGACGGGAAGCGAUGUACAGCUGUUGACUACUGCGCCUCAGAAAAUCAUGGAUGUGAACACGAGUGUGUAAAUGCUGAAAGUUCCUACCUGUGCCGGUGCCACGAGGGAUUUGCUCUUAACACAGAUAAGAAAACAUGCUCAAAGAUUGACUACUGUGCCUCCUCUGAUCACGGAUGUCAGCAUGAGUGCGUCAAUGCCCAGACGUCCGCUUUCUGCCGCUGCCUGAAAGGCUUCAUGCUAAACCCAGACAGGAAAACCUGCCGAAGGAUCAACUACUGUGCACUGAACAAACCAGGCUGUGAGCAUGAGUGUGUGAACACAGAGGAGGGUCACUACUGCCGCUGCCGUAAGGGCUACACUCUGGACCCCAAUGGCAAGACCUGCAGCCGGGUGGACCACUGUGCACAGCAGGACCAUGGCUGUGAGCAGCUGUGUCUGAACACGGAAGAGUCUUUUGUCUGCCAGUGCUCGGAAGGCUUCCUUAUUAAUGAUGACCUCAAGACCUGCUCCAGGGCAGAUUACUGCUUGCUGAGCAACCAUGGUUGUGAAUACUCCUGUGUCAACACAGACAGGUCCUUUGCCUGCCAAUGUCCUGAGGGCCAUGUGCUCCGAAGCGAUGGGAAGACCUGUGCAAAACUGGACUCGUGUGCUUUGGGGGACCAUGGCUGUGAACAUUCAUGUGUAAGCAGUGCAGAUUCAUUUGUGUGUCAGUGCUUUGAGGGAUACAUCCUUCGUGAGGAUGGGAAGACCUGCAGAAGGAAAGAUGUCUGCCAGGCUGUAGACCAUGGCUGUGAGCACCUUUGUGUGAACAAUGGCGAGUCAUACAUCUGCAAGUGCCUGGAGGGAUUCAGGCUGGCUGAGGAUGGGAAGCGCUGCAGGAGGAAGGAUGUCUGCAAGUCAACCGAGCAUGGCUGUGAGCAUACCUGUGUGAACAAUGGGAAUUCCUAUCUGUGCAGGUGCUCAGAGGGCUUUGUCCUAGCUGAGGAUGGAAGGCGCUGCAAGCGAUGUACUGAAGGCCCAAUUGACCUAGUCUUUGUGAUUGAUGGAUCCAAGAGCCUUGGAGAAGAGAAUUUUGAGAUUGUGAAGCAUUUUGUCACUGGGAUCAUAGAUUCCUUGGCAGUUUCCCCCAAAGCUGCUCGUGUGGGGCUGCUGCAGUAUUCCACACAGGUCCGCACAGAGUUUACUCUGAAGGGCUUCAGCUCAGCCAAGGACAUGAAGAAAGCCGUGGCCCACAUGAAAUACAUGGGCAAAGGCUCUAUGACUGGGCUAGCCCUCAAACACAUGUUUGAGAGAAGUUUUACUCAAGUAGAAGGGGCCAGGCCCCUCUCCACACGGGUGCCCAGAGUAGCCAUUGUGUUCACCGACGGACGGGCUCAGGAUGAUGUCUCCGAAUGGGCCAGCAAAGCCAAGGCCAAUGGUAUCACUAUGUAUGCUGUUGGGGUAGGAAAAGCCAUUGAGGAAGAACUACAGGAGAUUGCCUCUGAGCCCACUGACAAGCAUCUCUUCUACGCAGAAGACUUCAGCACGAUGGGUGAAAUCAGUGAGAAGCUGAAGCAAGGCAUCUGUGAAGCUCUAGAAGACUCUGAUGGAAGACAGGACUCACCAGCCGGGGAUCUGCCAAGGCAGGUCCACCAGUCAACAGAAUCUGAGCCAGUCACUAUAAGUAUCAGAGACCUACUUUCCUGUUCUAAUUUUGCAGUGCAACAUAGGUACCUGUUUGAAGACAAUCUUCCACGGUCUACACAAAAACUUUUCCACUCAACGAAAUCCUCAGGAAACCCUUUGGAAGAAAACCAGGACCAAUGCAAAUGUGAAAACCUCAUACUGUUCCAGAAUCUUGCAAAUGAAGAAGUAAGAAAACUAACCCAACGCUUAGAAGAAAUGACUCAAAGAAUGGAAGCUUUGGAAAAUCGCCUAAGAUACAGAUGAAGACUAGAAGUGCUUUUAUGUAUAUUUGUACACCAUCAUAAAAAGGAUUUUGACAAAGGUAGUGGAGCCUGAAAGCUCACACCAUAAGUAGAUCUAUAAGCUGUAAAGCAAAAUACAACCAGUACAGAAGACACUGGAUUGCUUGACUGCUGGACAAGAGAAAAUGGAGACAUUGAGGUGUCUAAAUUCAAUGGGGGUGGGGGAAGGAAUCCCCAAUUCUGAGUUUCUCAUGAGAAUAAAUAAGCUGUGCAGUGUUCCAUGAUGGGCUGUGGACAUGACUUCUGCCUCAACACUGAAACUGUUCAUUUGACAACUCAAGUAUCUGAUUCAGCAGAAAACUGACUCCACAAAUUGCUAAUUUUUUUUUGUACUGGAAUUUACCUUGAUGUGUAUAUGGACAUGUGCCAUAAGGACCUAUGUUCUGUAAUAAAUUGAAUUUCUACACAAUAUUAAAAUUCACCACUCCAGAAGAGUGUUGAGUCAACUUCCUAGUUUAACUUUGAGAAGGGCUCAUGCUAUUUGCUGGUUGUGACUCAGGCUGCCUCAAACCCCCAAUCCUCCUGUGGCCACCUUCAGAGAACUGGGAACCAGGCCCAUGCCACCAAGCAUGACUCACUGUAAGUAUAAACUCUGUAUACAUGAAAAAAGCCAAUAUAUAUAAUCAUGGAAAAGCAAGUUUACAUCUUGUGUAUUUUUUCAUUUUUUAAAAAAACUCAUCAGCUCA